AUGACGAAGCACACUGGUUCUUCCAUGCACCGAGUUCCCUCGUCCGGGGCGGUCGAACAUGGCUAUCCGCAAGGACAUCUCGGACACCUUACCGAGCAUGAAGAGCAAGCUUUAGUAGAAUUCAAAACGCUUUUAGAGGAGAAAGAUCUUUAUAAGCCGGGGAAUCCGCCAUCUCAUGACGACGCCACGAUUCUUCGAUUCCUUCGAGCGCGCAAGUUCGUUCCAGAAGAUGCAUAUGUUCAAUUCAGCGAAACUGAGAAGUUCCGUAACGCAAACCAAGUUGAGGUUCUAUACGAUACUAUAGAUAUAGAUUCGUUUGAGGCGACUAGGAAGCUUUACCCUCGAUUUACCGGCCGACGUGAUAAGCGAGGCAUUCCAAUUUACGUAUUCCAAAUCCGACAUCUCGAUUCACACGCAGUUGCCAAAUAUGAGAAGUCCACCGAGACGACGUACAGCAGGGCUAAGACGGAUGGCAAGACACAGCCUAAGCUGUUACAAUUAUUUGCGCUGUACGAACAUCUGACAAGAUUCGUCCAACCUCUGUCAUCCGAGUGUAUCGAUCGCCCACAUCCCGCUACUCCAAUUACCCUUAGCACCAACAUCGUCGACAUUUCCCACGUCAGUCUGCGCAUGUUCUGGAACUUGAAGGGCCAUAUGCAGGCUGCCAGUCAGUUGGCCACUGCUCACUAUCCUGAGACUCUCGACCGUAUCUUUAUUAUCGGCGCGCCUAUGUUCUUCUCGACAGUAUGGGGUUGGAUCAAGCGGUGGUUUGAUCCCGUAACUGUUUCCAAGAUCUUCAUUCUCCAGGACCACGAUGUAUUACCUGUCCUGACAACUUUCAUGGACAUGAAGAAUAUUCCCAAGGUUUAUGGAGGCGAGCUCGAAUGGGACUUCUUUGACGAGCCAGCUUGGGAUGACGAAGUAAAACGAAUAUGUCAGUUUGAGAACGGUUAUACUUCUCUUCCUCAAGGUCCCGUAUACUGGCGGCCAAUCGACGAUGGCAAGCGAGUCGAAUGUAUCGCCGUGGGUACUAAAAACGGGACUGACCGAAGAGAGCGAGUCUGUACCAUCACAAAAGCUUACCCGCCAAAGUCUGCUGAAGAUACCUUGGUGUCUACCACGGAGUCCCAGGCCGGUGAUAUUACCGAAGCUGAGUCAUUCGUAACGCCUACCGAGAAGCCUAUCAUUAACGACGAAGUCCCGACGGCAAGCAUUGCAGCGUUGUCAGUUACCGAGGCAAAAUAA